AUGGUGGAUGAACUUAACUUACUCCCCACACCUAUUAAAUUUACAGCCAACAUCAGCGAGGACAGAAUUCAAUAUUUGGAUUUGGAACUUUCGUAUGGGACAAAAGGGGUCCAUUAUAUUUUAUUUUCAAAACCAACGUACCGUAACACUUUGCUACAUGCAGACAGUGCACACCCCAUGCCUUUGAAAAAAUCUAUUCCCAAGGAGCAAUUCCAGUGGGUCAUCCGUAACAAUUCGAAUGACAACAAGGCUGAGCUACAACUGAAGAUUAUGACCCAGAAGUUUUUGGAGAGGGGCUAUGACCGUCAGGUAUUGGAGGAUGCGAAGUUGAAAGCUAGAAUAGCUCCAGUGCGCACCAAGUUGGAUCCUGUACAGAGGAUAGUAUUCCCCAUGACGUUUCAUAAUUCUUCUAAUGAAGUGACAGCAAUUGUUAAAGAGAAUUGGAGAAUGGUCGCCUUGGAUGAUACACUACCAAAGAUUUUUAAAUAG